AUGUACCACAACACAACCCCCCAAGAGCGCGGCAUCCGCAACCCCAACCACCCAUCCACCGCCGCCGCCCCCCCACCACCAUCCGGCACAACCUACGGGCAAUCCCCGGCCUCGGGCCCCGCACCCACCACCGCCGGCCACCACAAGCACGACGCGCUCAACAAGCUGGACCCGCGCAUCGACAGCACCCACGACCACCAAUCCAUGCCCACCACCACCAGUGGCAAGAUCCCCGAGGGCACGUACGGCCCGCACCGCUCGCGCGUGGCCAACGCCCUGGACCCGCGCGUCGACUCCGACCUGGACAGCGGGCGCGCCGGGGCCGGGACGGGGCCCGGCGGCGGGUUGGGCGGCGGGCAAGCGCAGCCGACUGCCGCGACGGCGACGGGGAUGGGCAUGGGAGCAGCGGGGGGAGGAGGGGGGAUGAUGCACGGUGGUGCGGUGGCGCCGCCGCAGGGCCCGGGCCAGGGCCGGGUGGCGGCGGAGGGCACGUACGGGCCGCACCACUCGCGCGUGGCCAACGCGGCGGAUCCGCGGGUGGAUUCGGAUCGGGAUCGGCACCUUGGUAGCGGCGGCGGCGGCGGCGGCGGGAUGAUGGGCGGUACGGCCGGCGCGGCGCCGGUUGCGGGCCACUAUCAGGGCGGCGGUGCGACACAUGCGGGCAUGACGGGCCCUGGUGGUGCUGCGGGCGUGUCGGCGCCGCAUACCACGGGUCCGCACAAGUCGGAUCUGUUAAACAAGCUUGAUCCGCGGGUUGAUAGCAAGACUGGGACUUAUAAGGAUACGGCUGGGACGCGGGGCGCGUAUUAA